AUGACGGUCGCCAACCCAGUACACCAAAGACUCUGCCUAUACCUACGCACCGUCGCAUCAAGCCUAUAUACGGUGUGGCUUUUCACUGCCAAUGAUCUCCAGACAAUCAUCGCGCCAAGCGCCAUCUUUGGCAUCACAAACGCCCUCGCUGCUCUGAUCGCAGGCUCCACCGAGAAUUCUACCCAGUACUUAUACAUCAUCCAGCAGAUUCCCACGACCAUCUGCUGGGUCUGGAUCAACCUCUUGCCUCUUACCAUAAACAAUCAGCGCAGUCCCUCCUCCAUCGCGGAAGACGCGAUCAACAAGCCCUGGCGUGCGCUCCCUAGCAAACGUCUUUCCUCGGCUCAAGCGAAACGUCUGAUGCUCGGCUUCUACGCAGUGGCGCUGGCCUAUAGCUGUUUCUACAGUGGCGGGUGUCGCCAAAGCAUCGGACUGAUAUUCCUCGGCACCUGGUACAACAGUUAUGGAGCAGGAGAUCGAAACUUUGUGGUUCGCAACAUUAUCAACGCGCUAGGAUAUUUGUGCUUCAACUCGGGGGCGGUGGAGGUGGCGCUGGGGCCGAAGCUGGCAACCCUGGAGGACAAACGUUCACUCCAACUUUGGUGCCUGGUUGUCACGGGGAUCGUGCUGACGACGAUGCAAGUACAAGACAUGGGGGACCAGGAAGGCGAUGCAAAGAGGGGGCGCUUGACGCUCCCGCUUGCCAUUGGGGAUGAGACGGCACGCUGGAGCAUUGCGCUUCCCAUGCCCGUGUGGGGGAUUCUGUGCCCAUUACUCGCCGGGGUGGGCUUUGGCAUGACUGCCGUGAGUUGUGUGCUCGCUGUCGCUGUCGCUGUCCGACUUUUUCUGUGGAAGGACGCUGCCAGUGACCAGCGGACAUUCCUGGUCUGGAACUGCUGGAUGUCCGUUGUGUACAUGAUGCCACUCUUGAGGAGAUAUGCCUGA